CGGAAGAAAAUGAAGUCACAAGAUAAGGAAAAAAAAAUAUUUAAUGGUUUGUUGGUGAUGAUGACAGUGGCAGUUUUAGAAGUAAGCCGGAGGAGAAAAGUGGCUUGCUUGACAACUGUUAGCAGAGAGACUUGAGUUUAAGUGAGAUUUUUAUAGGUAACAGGAUGAAGUUAUCAAUUUUUGUUCAUGUAAUUCUUGUUCUUCCAUUGUUCCUGAAUAAAAUAGAAGCCAACAUGCAGCUUCGACAUGAAUCUGAAAAUAAAGCUGUCUUUUUUGAACCUCUUGGCCACAGCCACAUCGGGCUUGUUGGUAACACCUCUUUCUACAAUGCUGGUCUGAUAAGUAUUUACCGUAACAACAGCUGGGGUUAUGUCUGUGAUGACAACUGGGAUAUGAAGGAUGCCAAUGUAGCCUGUAAACAACUUGGAUUUUCCAGGGGUGCUGAAGUAGCUACAGGAAAUUCAAGAUAUGGUUUGGCAGAAUCAGAAAACUUUCUAAUGGAUAAUACAGACUGUAAAGGAGACGAAAGAGCUUUGCAAUAUUGUUCAUAUGAUACUGAACAUGACUGUAAAAAGGAUGAAGCUGCUGGAGUUAUAUGUAAACCGAACACUGGCUGCAAACCUGGUUGGAUUUCUGGUCCAAGUGGUUGCUAUCGUUUGUUUAUCGGCAAUGCUCGAAGACUCAAUGCCAAAGAAAUGUGUUACACUAAAGAUAGUCAUUUAGUAAUUAUUGACAGUUUGGAAGAAAAUGCGUUUCUUUCAGUUUUACUUCAGACCAAUAAUGAUAAUCAUGUCUGGUUGACAGAUGGUUUCAAGAAUGGAAGGAAUUGGGAAUGGAACUAUCAAAGAGAAACUAUAUCUACUUUCUAUUGGUUUCCUGGAUGGAUGCCUGAUAAGAAGUCUGCAGAGCCAAGCAAAAGAGGGAGAUGUAUUAGUUUAUCCAAUGUGUUUGAGUAUGAUGGAGAACUGCACAUGACUAGUUACUUCUUCUGGAAGACAUCUAACUGUAGCUCAGUCACAGGUUUUAUCUGUGAACGGAAAAAAACACCUGAUUUCACAGAAGAUUGUUACAGUGGAAAUGGUGUGUCCUACAGAGGGUCUGUAUCAGAAACAGGCAAAGGAACACCUUGCCUUAAAUGGACAGAGAAUCCUAAAUAUAACACAAUAAACUCUCCCAAUGCAGGUCUCGGAGACCACAAUUUUUGUCGAAACCCUGAUGAUGAUGAGCGUCCAUGGUGUUGGGUAGCACCAGCUUUCCAAAAUCAGUUUGGAUACUGUAAAAUUGAUCAAUGUAAAAAUGUUACAGAAAGCACAACAGUGGAAUCAACUGUGACUACAUACCCAACAACAGUGGCAUCAACUACUCCUACAACUAAACCUAAACCAACAUGUUCUCCUGUCCAAAUGCUAUGUAAAGGAUCAAAUACGUGUAUUUCACUCGCUUGGAGAUGUGAUGGAGAAAGGGACUGCAUCAGAGGUGAUGAUGAAGAGAACUGUCAUUGUUACAGUGGAAAUGGUGUGUCCUACAGAGGGUCUGUAUCAGAAACAGACGGAGGAACACCUUGCCUUAAAUGGACAGAGAAUCCUAAAUAUAACACAAUAAACUCUCCCAAUGUAGGUAUCGGAGACCACAAUUUUUGUCGAAACCCUGAUGAUGAUAAGCGUCCAUGGUGUUGGGUAGCACCAGCUUUCCAAAAUAAGUUUGGAUACUGUAAAAUUGAUCAAUGUAAAAAUGUUACAGAAAGCACAACAGUGGAAUCAACUGUGACUACAUUCCCUACAACAGUGGCAUCAACUACUCGUAAUAUCAGUUGUAAUAGUGACAAAAUGCUUUGUUCAGUAUCAUCACGAAAAUGCAUCCCAAUUUCUUGGAAAUGUGAUGGAGAAGCUGACUGCCCUGAUUCAGAAGAUGAAAAAAAUUGUGAGCUAGAAGUGAGUUGUGCUUCUAAUUCAAUGAUGUGUCCAAGCAGAAAGAUUUGCAUACCUCUUCAAUGGAAGUGUGAUGGAGAUCGUGAUUGUCCUGAGGGAGAAGAUGAGAGUAAAUGUGAUAUAGUUACAACUACAAAAGCUACCGUUACAACUACAAAAGCUACAGUUGCAACUACACAAGCUCCAGUUACAACAACUCUUUCCCUGGACUGUCCAGAUAAUGAAAUGUAUUGUGCAGCCACAAACACCUGCAUUUUACUGAGUUGGAAAUGUGAUGGAGAAAAUGACUGUCCAAAUGGGGAAGAUGAGAAAGAUUGUGUUAUAGUUACCACUACACAAGCACCAGUAACAAUUUUCCCUCUGGGCUGUUCAGCUAAUGAAAUGUACUGUUCAGCAUCAAAGACCAACUGCAUUCCACUGGCUUGGAAAUGUGACGGACAAAAUGACUGCCCUGAUGGAGAAGAUGAGGAAGAUUGUGAUAUAGUUACAACUACACGAGCUCCAGUUACAACUACACAAGCUCCAGUUACAACAACUCUUUCCCUGGACUGUUCAGAUAAUGAAAUGUAUUGUACAUCCACAAACACCUGCAUUUUACUGAGUUGGAAAUGUGAUGGAGAAAAUGACUGUCCAAAUGGGGAAGAUGAGAAAGAUUGUGAUAGAGUUACAACUACACAAGCUCCAGUUACAACAACUCUUUCCCUGGACUGUCGAGUUAAUGAAAUGUAUUGUACAGCCACAAAGAGCUGCAUUUUACUGAGUUGGAAAUGUGAUGGACAAAAUGACUGCCCUGAUGGUGAAGAUGAAAAAGAUUGUGAUUACAUACUUGACAAUUUUGAGAAACAAGACACAAGCUUUGUCAUUCAUGCAUUUCCAAAGGAAUUCUAUGUUCACAUACCACUGGAGACUUGUGCCAAAAAUUGUUUAUAUCAUCGAGAGUUUGUCUGUAAAGCAUUCCAUUAUUAUGAGAAGGACUACCAAUGCAAGUUGUUUGAUACAAUGAAGAGUCUGAGCCUUAGACCACUUUCCAGUGGAUCUUAUUAUGUACUUUCACAAAAGUGCACUUCCACAGACUUCCAAUGUGACAAUGGAAGAUGUAUUCCAGGGGAAGAAAAAUGUAAUGGAAGGGAUAACUGCAAUGAUUUUUCUGAUGAACAAGACUGUGGGAUUCCUGAAACGCUUGAGAUUCGACUUGCAGAUGGAGAAGAACAUUCUGGAAGAGUAGAGAUAAAAUAUCUUAAUGAAUGGGGUGUUGUGUGUGAUGACAAGUGGGACAUAAACGAUGCUAACGUUGUUUGUCGUAUGCUUGGAUACAAAUCUGCCAUCAAAGCUAUUCCUUUUUCCAAUUUUGGACCUGGAAAUGCAAACUUCUUACUAACCAAUGUUGAAUGUAUAGGAAAUGAAACAAGCUUGUUAGACUGUCCCAAAAGUCCAUGGCGUCAGCACAACUGCAAAAGGCAUGAGACUGCUAGCGUCAUAUGUAAAGCAAACAAAGGUUGCCCCCCAAAUCAGUUUGAAUGUGCUAACUCACAAUGUCGAAGUAUAAAAUAUAUAUGUGACAGAGUUGAUAAUUGUGGUGAUAACAGUGAUGAAAAAUAUUGCACUGCUUCAGUGAAAUUAGUCAACGGUACUAACCCUAGUAAUGGAAGGAUUCAAAUAACCAUCAAUAACAUUACUGGUACUAUAUGUGAUGACAAUUUUAACAACAAAGAGGCCACUGUCAUUUGCAAGCAGCUGGGAUAUAAAUCAGGAAUUGCUUUGCCAGGAGGUACCUAUGGAAAGGGUAAUGGUAUUAUUUGGUAUGAUGAGGUCAAUUGCUAUGGCAAUGAAAAUAGCAUUGAAUUUUGUAAUGGAAAUACUAAGGGUGAACAUGACUGUGACCACACAGAAGAUGUUGGUGUACAAUGUUACCGAGAUGCUAUAACAACAACUACUUUCCCUACAACAACCACUGUAGCAUCAACAACCACUGUGGCACCAGUCUGUGGCAAAGUAUCUCACCAAAUAAAGACCAAAUAUGCUAACAGAGCAAUUGACAAACCAUUCUACUCUAAACUAGUUAAUGAAGACACCGCAUAUGGCAUGUAUCCAUGGCAGGUGGCAGUUGAACAUAUUACUGGUGCAUAUUCGGAUUUUUACUACAGUACAGAAUAUUUUUGCGGGGGAACAAUCCUGCAUAAUGAUUGGAUCAUAUCAGCUGCCCAUUGUUUUGUGGGCAAAAAGAAAGAAAGCCUAAUCAUCAAAGUAGGAGAUCAUAACAAAAAGAUAUGGGAUACAUAUGAACAAACUUUCAAAGUCGCUGAACUGAUAAUUCAUGCUAAAUAUGACGAUAACUCAUAUGAUUAUGAUAUCGCUCUAAUUAAAAUAGAGCCAAAUAAGAAGGGUAAUGGAAUUGUUUUCAAUGAUUAUGUACAACCAGCCUGUUUACCAGACAAGAACACAACAUAUUUUGAAAGUGAAAGAUGUCAUAUUUCUGGAUGGGGAAACACAGGAAAAGCAUAUCCAUCAAUUCUCAAGGCAGCUACUGUUCCAUUAAUUGAAGCACAUCUAUGUAAAGCAAUGUACAAGAACAGUAUUACUCCACGUAUGAUAUGUGCAGGCUACGUGGAAGGUGGUCUUAAUAGCUGCCAAGGAGAUGAUGGUGGUCCUCUGGUCUGUAAUAAAGAUGGAGUCUAUACACUUACUGGAGUAACCUCUUGGGGAAAUGGUUGUGGCCAUCCAAGAAAUCCUGGGGUUUAUACCAAUGUCCUAGAACUCAACCUUGGAUUGAGUACAUAAUGAAAAAAUAUUCUUGAGAACACAAAUAAAUGCUAACAAUUGUAACUAUUCAGCUACUAACUACACAGCAAUGUCUUGUAAACAAGGUAACCUCCUCAUAAAAUCGAAAAUGAACAAAGAGAAUAAAACAAUAGCUUCAUUGAUUUCACCAAGCCAUAACUGGAAAAUGUUUUUAGAAAUGCCAUGAAAAAUAAUCAAAAGAGAAAACUGAUAUUUGUAAAAAGAAAAAUUUAAUAAAAUUCAGUCAAAAAUAA